CCCUCCACCUCUCGUUCCUCCUCACCCGGCCGUGAGCUCAAACACAAAUCCAGUCCUGAUACAACCACAAGUUCUGAAGCAGCGAGCAAGUCGACAGGAAAGCCCAAAAAGGACAACGGAAGGAAAAAAUUGUUUGGGAGAAAGCAUCGUGCCAGCAUCGAGUCAAGUCUGGACCAUCAUCCAGAGGAACAGCAGCGUGUCCCCCUCUCCCUUCCGCCCCCCUCUCCCCUUCCCACCAUCACUGACAGCUCACACAGACCUUGGGAAGAGAUGAACAGCAUGGUGAAAAAGUUGCAAGAAACAGUCACGAAACUGGAGAAUGAGCACAAAAUAAUUCACGCAAGCAUG